AAAGCAUGAUGAAAUAAAACAGUUAAUAAGUAUAAACUAAUUUUGAAAUAUUCACAGAUCAAGACGUCUCUUUUUGAUUUACAAAAACUAAAACCAACAGAUAGUAGGAUGCCAGUAAAACAAUUAUCUCAAAAGUAUCCUAGAAUUGACUGGUUAAAUAUUAUCAAUUCAGUAUUACAUGCAAGCAAUGUAUCUAUGAAUCCUAACGAUAUUGUUGAAUUGAACGAUCCAAAUUAUGUAUCUCAGUUAGAACGAUUGCUUGAAACUAAAUCGAAGAAGUCUCUCGCAAAUUUUCAACUUUGGCAAGUUAUCGCUAACCUGUUUGAUUACAUGCCACAAGCAUUCGAUGAUAGAAAUUUUUAUUCGACAAGAUCGCAGAAGGAAUAGAUAAAAGAUCUAAUAGAAAUACUUGGUGCGUUAAAAAAGUACGGGAAACCUUGCCAGUUGCCGUAAGUUCCAUGUUUGUUAGAAACUUUGACAAAAAUGUAAAAAAUGAGGUCUCUGAAUUGGUAAGCGAUCUCAAAUCACAAACUAUAACAACAAUACAAAAUGCAAGUAAUUCAAUCAAUCAACUGUGCAAAGUGUACGAUAGUAUUAUUCAUUUAACAAAUAUAUCACGCUACAGUUACCUUGGAUGCAUAAAACAACUAGAAAAGCAGCUUUGGAAAAGCUUGAUGCAAUGGACGCUUUAAUUGCUUACUCAGACGAUAGAAAAAUUGACGAAUAUUAUGCAGAUCUAGAAAUUCAUCCUGGAAGCUUUAUUGGGGAUUACUUGACAAUUAAUAAAUUCCUUCUAAAAGAUCAUUAUGAACAGUUGAAGAAAUCUACUGGAGACAAUGAUUGGACAAAAGAAGCAAAUGUCGCAGUAAUAAAUGCUUAUUAUGCCUUUUCCAAAAACAAUAUAAUUUUACCUGCUAGUAUUCUACGGGGACACUUUUUCCAAUCAGACCUACCGAAGUACGUAACUUACGGCUCAACGGGAUACGUGAUUGUUCAUGAGAUUAUUCACGGAUUCGAUUCCGUAGGAUCGAAUUACGACGAAGGCGGCAAUAUUGUAGAAUGGUGGGAAGAGAAAACUAAGAAUAAGUUUAACGAAAAUGCCCAAUGUAUGAUUGAACAAUACAACAACUACCCCGUCGAGCAAGUUGGAGAAAAGGCGAGAGGAGAUAAAUGCAUCACGGAAAAUAUCGCGGACAACGGCGGUAUAAAAUCUGCUUACUAUGCUUACCAGCAAUGGGUAAAAAACAGUAACGUAAAAGAACCCUGUCUGCCAAAUCUCGACUACACUCCACAACAAAUGUUUUGGAUCAGUGCGGUAAACGUCUGGUGCACCAAAGUUAAAGACGACGUACUUCAAAGAAUGGUUCAAAACGACGUUCACAGUCCCAAUAUAGCGCGUGUAUCGAUUACUUUUUCUAAUAUGAAAGAAUUCGCCAGAGAUUUUCAAUGCAAAGUUGGAUCCAAAAUGAAUCCAACGAAUAGGUGUAGCGUAUGGUAAUAAGCAGAAUAAAACGUAUA